CACAAUCUGUAAGUCGUGAUCCUGCGAGAGAGCCGCGUUAUCACGCGCCUGCCCCGCCUUGGCUCAUUCAUUUGCUCUCUGGCUGGCGGCGGGGUAACGGGGCCGUCCGGGACGCGAGAAGAAAUUUGAGCCUGCCGGCUCGCCGUCCUCAAACCGGCGGCCAUCUUGUGUGCAGUUCUGCUGGUGGUAGGAGCAGCAGCGCCUCGCCGGCUCCAGGCCUUUCUCUCCCGGUGGGUGCCGCUGCGGUUGUGUGGAAGCCAUGUCUGCGGAGAGCCCGGAGCCCGCUUCGGCGGAGGAGCAGAAGGAAAUGGAAGACAAGGUGAUUAGUCCUGAGAAAGCUGAAGAAGCAAAGUUGAAGGCCAGAUACCCUCAUCUGGGACAAAAGCCCGGGGGCUCAGAUUUCUUGAGAAAGAGGCUUCAGAAAGGACAAAAGUACUUUGAUUCUGGGGAUUACAAUAUGGCUAAAGCAAAGAUGAAGAACAAGCAGCUCCCUACUGCAGCUCCUGACAAGACCGAAGUUACAGGUGACCACAUUCCUACUCCACAGGACCUUCCACAGCGGAAACCAUCUCUUGUUGCUAGCAAAUUGGCUGGCUGACUAGACUGGCAGAACUGCAUGAAUCUUCUCAUUCCCUUAAUAUUUCCUGAAUAGUAACUUCUCACAUUUUUUGUUUCCACUAAGUCAUUGACUGACCGCUUUGCAGGUAGUGGUAGCGUGUGCUGCUAUUGUAAGAGAGUCCUGUUAAGAAUUAAGUUGUGUAGUCCUUGGACGAAUUGAGAACAAUGCACUGAUUUUAAAAAAGGACACGUUUUGUUAGAGCAAUGUAAUCUACUUGAAAAAAUGUACAUAUUACCUAUUUGCUAGUGUAGGGCUGGUUCCAGCAAGUGACAUAGCAGGUUUGACAAUUUUUAAUGUUUUCACUUUCCUUAGUUCACCUUAAUUACAGUGUAGUAUGUUUGUAUUGAAUACAACCUCCUGUUGCGUUUCUUGUAUUUGGUUUUGUAAACUAGAGGUUUUAGACCGCAAGUUGCUAGAAGGUAAAGCAUGUAUUAAAAAGAAAAGGAUGGGGCUCUGACUUAAUUUGUGUAUCUGCUCUUGAACUUGAAUGGCCUUAAACCUACUUCAGCUUUAACAAUAGAUUUUUUACUUGGGCAAUAUUUGCUCAUUUUGGUGUAAUUCUUGUAAAACUCGUGCUUAUUCAUAACUGUCUGUUGAAGCUGGUAUUUCUUUUGGUUCUGUAGUAUAGAACACAUUUUUGAAGUGAAUGAAGUGAGCAUGUGCGUAGACUGAAUUCACUCUUGUGCCAUUUCUGUAAAUAAGAUAGUUUUGCACAACUUUUGCGAAUAUCUGUUAACUUUACAUUUUAAAAAAUGUGCCAACUGGAAGCACAAAAGAUUCUGUUCCUUUGAAAGUCAUAAUCUUCAUGUGAGUCAAAACUACCUUACUGAAAACAGACUUGUGUAUUUAAUAUCUGGAAAGCACAUAAAGUACUAUGAUGGAUCAGUUUUGCUAGUACAUCCUUUCUCACUUUCAGUAAUAAGCUACAGUGUUCAGUCUAAAUAUAGAUCCAAAACACUUAAGCUAGUAUACUUAAGGUAAGGUAGUGCCACUGUACUUCAGGAGGGCUGAAUUAAUUAUAUAGGCAAGUGUAUCAUAUUAAGCAAAUUGGAGAUAACUGUAGGGUAUUCCAAGGCUACUAUAUUUUCGGCAUCUUUUAAAAAUCUUUGCAGGAUGUUUUAGAAUGUGAAACGGGGUAAAUCUGUGCUGCUAUUGAAGGUCUCUGACACAUAAAGAACAUCUAUUUUAGGAGUAAUGCAGUUGAAAAGGUAAUCCAAACAAGUUUGGAUUAGGAAGUGUUGGUUAGAUUUUUCUUUACAUAUAGUGAUGCAUUCUAAUGCUUUAAUUGUCAGAAUAUAUUUAUUAUAAAUACUCUAGGAGGGAUGGUUCAUUAAAUUGACUCAUUUGGAUACAAAUGAAUACUUAGCACAUGUAAAAACCAGUUAACAUCAAGGGUGGUAUUUUUUUCUGUGUUAAACCAAUUUCAGAUUCUUUUUGCCUGGCAUCCUCACUGAAAGAAUCAAGACUCUAUUGGGCUCUUCCAAGAGGAGUCUUUGAAAAAACACAAUUGUCAAAAGAGCUUGUCUGUCCUUUGUAAAUUAUCCUCUAACAAGCAAAUGUAAGACAAUUCAGCUAAUUAUAAAAUCAUGUUGAUUCUAUCCUGUAAUAAUCGGAAGACCUGGUUUUCAAAGGUACUGUUUACCAUUAACUCCCAUUAACUUCAUCCCUCUCUUAUUCUUUUUUUAAAAAAAUCUUAACUGUGUUUCUGUAUCAAAAUUGGAUAUAUUAAAAUAUAUGGGUGAUAAUUUAAAAAAAUCUCCAGUAUAUUUAAAUCUAUCUGCUCUCUUUUAAAGGAGGAAAAUACUUGGAAAUUCUCAGUUUUUGUCUAUGGGUAGACAUACCACUUUGCAUAGUUUUUGUCUAUGGGUAGUCAUUCAGCGAGGCCUAUUAUUGAAGCCAACUUUGAUUUCAUCUCCCUGCAGCAUUAGAAUUUAUGAAUAUAUUCACUGAAAUUAAUGUUGAUAACAUGUUUUUUUAAGUUAAGUUGAGAAGAACAACUCUAACUCAGUGAUGCAAGAGGAACAAGUGGCUUUUUACUGAAGGCCGCGAAUGAACAUUCACAAUUUUAUUUUUGUAGAAAUAAGCAAAAGCAAAAGUUAGGCCUUCUGAAGAGUGAUUGUGGCCUAAAACUAGUAGCUUUGGAUAGCAAACAAUGGGGUAUUUCCUAGUUGCUACUAUACUACAGACCAUAGUAAGAUGAACUGGCUUGACAUCUAGGGAGGUAUAAAUAGCCAUGUAAAUCUGAACAUUCCAUUCCCCCAAUUACAGUUUUGCUAUUUUAUAUUAUUGUUGUGACUGCAAAUUUUCAGUGUCCACCAAUGAACAGAAAUGUUAAAGACUGUAAAAAGAGAACAUAAGCUGGUGAUCGAUGAGAAUAUAUACUACAGUACCAACCAGUUCAAUCUGCUCUGAUGUUUAACCUGUGUCUCUGGAUAAAACAUCAACUGAAGAUAGUCUGAUCGUCUGUGCUGUGAAAGAGACAAGGAGCUAGAUCAACAAUCAUUUUAUAGAAGAGCAAAUGAAUGACUAACUUGCAACUUUCAGCUUACUCCAACAAGAUAAAGCUGGAAAGCUUGUGUACAUACUGUAUAAUAGGAGUUUUACCAUUUGAUAAAUGACCUUUUUCAGAGAACUAUCUGCACUAUAGUCUAGCAAUCUGAGGUUUAUGCAGUGAUUAGUAGUGCUCAAGUAUGUCUGUGACUAAGACCGUAUGUUGUUAACGCCCCUCUUCCAACUUUUCCCAGUAGUUAACUAGUGGAGUAAUCAUGUGAUUCAAAAGUGUUCUCACUCCCAUCCCACCCAUUCAUUAUUCAUUGUCAUAGGAGAGUGUGUGUGCAGAGGCCACAAAAGAACUGUUUUGGUUUGAUAUAUUCCUUAAUACAUUCUGGAUGCUGAAGUGAAGAAAAUUUCAGUUGCUCCUUACCAACAUCUACUCUGUGUAGUAUGCAUAAUAAAUUCAUCUAAUUAGUUUUCA